CGUCGAGAUACGAGCUGCUCAUCACAACUAAUGCAGAAUUAAUGGAAAUUACGGGUCUGUCGGAAAUUGCUCUUUUGGAAAUUAAACAAAAGUUGGGUGAAGACUAUUUCCCGCGCCAACAAUGUAUUUUAUUUAAGAAAAAAACAACUGCUAAAGUAUACAAAACUGGCAUCGAAAACUUCGAUAUACUAACCGCUAAAAUACCACUUCAAACUGGUAGUAUAUGGGAAAUUUGCGGCAAAUCAAGUGCUGGCAAAACUCAAUUGUGUCACACAAUGGCCCUUAAUUUCGUAGCGCAAUCACAUGGGACUGUUUUAUACAUCGACACCAAGGGNAAAUUGACGGCUGGAACCAACUCAGAUUUGAGUAAUUUAAAAUUAGUCGUAAUUGAUGCAUUGGCGGCAGUGUUUUUUACACAUCGCACGGAAACUGAGCAUUUAAGAGGAAAAUAUUUGUUGACGACAUUGAACAACUUGGUGUAUAAGUUAUCCAAAGAGCAUCAUAUCGCUUUUAUUUAUGUAAAUUUGAUAGUGAAUAUUGAAGAAGAAACACUAGCAGCCGAAGAUGAAGAAUAUGAAGAACAUAUUGAAGAAGUUACAGCCUCACCAAGCCAUGGUUGUGGCAAAGGUAUGCGUCCAGCUUUAGGUGAAUAUUGGAGCCGAGCACCUCGUUUGCGCUUAUCCAUUGGAAUACCCCCAGAUUCUUCUGCUAUGACAAAUGAACGCACACUAAGGAUAAUCAAAAGCUGCUAUACUGCUGCUGGUGGCAUGUGCAGCUUACGCAUAACAUCUGCUGGUGUUCUCUGAGAUGAUAAUGUAUAAUACGCGAAAGUAUAUCAGCGAAUAACAAUUUGAAAGUAAGUCAUUGUUUUGAAAAAAUGGCGAAACUUUCAAUAAAAAAUAUACAUAGUUAUUAGCAGAUAAUAGGCGACAUAAAUACAUCAUUUUAGCUUGUUCUAGAGUCAGAGCUCAUUUACUUUAAAUCCUACUUCAGUUUGCGAGUUUUAAUACACGUAAAAAUAACAAUAAUUCAAUUCAAAAUGCGUAUGGAAAUAAUUUAUUAAUAUACCAACACAUUUUAGAGCACGUCCUAUCAUCAUUAAAAAUCAAU